GGCAGGGGUGGGGGUGCCAGCCCUGCCCCCUGCCCUGAGCCCCCGUCCCCUCCAGGCCAUGGAGAGCAAGCUGCUGAUCGGGGGCAGGACCAUCGUGGACCACACCAACGAGCAGCAGAAGAUGCUGGAGCUGAGGCGGCAGGAGAUCGCCGAGCAGAAACGCCGGGAACGUGAGAUGCAGCAGGAGAUGCUGCUGAGGGACGAGGAGACCAUGGAGCUGCGCGAGACCUACACGUCCCUGCAGCAGGAGGUGGAGAUCAAAACCAAGAAGCUCAAGAAGCUCUACGCCAAGCUGCAGGCUGUGAAGGCCGAGAUCCAGGACCAGCACGACGAGUACAUCCGCGUGCGCCAGGACCUGGAGGAGGCCCAGAACGAGCAGACCCGGGAGCUGAAGCUCAAGUAG